GCUCCCACAAUCUAAGUUCACCAUGCUAUAUGCAAGUGUCAAAACUUCAACUCCUUGUGAUUAAACUCUAUGGUGAGAUCAGAACCAUCAAAUGUCAGACGCAGUUUUCCGAAUCGUACAAAUCCGAUAAUGGUCCGACCCUCAAGGAAACGUCAUUUGAGUCAUUUUUUUAUAUAAAUUUUCAUCCUACUUCUUUAGUGGGCUUUUCCGAGUAUUCCGGCUAUUUUUCCAAUAUUAUUUGUAUAUGAAUGCUGGGGUGAGGAAAAUUCAUUCUCUAACCUAAACAGUACAUCAAGCAAAAAAAACAUCCAUAGUUGGAAGCUCAAGAGCACAGAGGAGCUAAAUUUGGGUUUUCCCGGAAAAUUCAGAACACGAGCUGAUCAUACUGGAGGCGCCAGACGUGCCUUCGAUAGCAUCAACGUCAGACGCAGGCACAGCUACGCUGGCUCCGAGUACCUGCAGCCCCGAUAUGGAUGACGUCAGUAGUAAGCGCCAGGCUACGAGGGUGUUUAAGAAAAGUUCCCCAAAUGGAAAGAUAACGGUUUACUUGGGAAAGAGAGACUUCGUGGAUCAUAUAUCCCAUGUGGAUCCUAUUGACGGAGUAGUUUUAAUAGACCCCGAGUAUGUUAAAAAUCGCAAGGUUUUUGGUCACGUGUUAGCUGCUUUCCGAUACGGCCGUGAAGAUCUCGACGUUUUGGGCCUUACUUUUAGAAAAGACUUGUAUUUGGCGUCCGCGCAGAUUUAUCCGCAAGACGGAUCAGCUUCGAAUGCACCGCAAUUGACUAGACUGCAGGAACGAUUAAUAAAAAAACUGGGCCAAAACGCUUACCCGUUUUAUUUCGAAUUACCCCCCCAUUGCCCAGCUUCUGUAACUCUUCAGCCGGCUCCUGGUGAUACCGGCAAGCCAUGCGGUGUGGACUAUGAACUAAAGGCUUUCGUUGGUGAAUCACAAGAUUAUAAACCUCAUAAAAGGAAUUCUGUUCGACUGGCUAUACGAAAAAUUAUGUAUGCGCCCAGCAAACAGGGAGAACAACCGUCAGUAGAGGUCAGCAAAGAAUUCAUGAUGAGUCCCAACAAACUUUACUUAGAGGCUUCUUUGGACAAAGAACUUUACCAUCAUGGCGAGAAUAUCGCUGUCAACGUUCAUAUUGCUAACAACUCCAACCGAACAGUCAAGAAGAUCAAAGUUUCUGUUAGGCAAUUUGCUGAUAUUUGCCUGUUUUCUACUGCUCAAUAUAAAUGCACUGUUGCGGAAACUGAGAGCGAUUCAGGUUGCCCGAUACCUCAGGGCUAUACCUUGAAUAAGGUAUUCUACGUAAGGCCACUAUUGGCUAACAAUAAGGACAAAAGGGGCCUUGCCCUGGAUGGUCAACUAAAGCAUGAGGAUACCAAUUUAGCCUCAUCUACUAUAGUUGCCGACCCGUCACAACGAGAGAACCUGGGCAUCAUUGUUCAGUAUAAAGUAAAGGUUAAACUGUGCCUUGGAGCUCUUGGAGGGGAUCUGGUUGCUGAAUUGCCGUUUAUAUUAAUGCACCCCAAGCCUGAGGAAGAGACUAUUCCAGCCUCUCUUACCCCAUCUAGGCGGGUUAGUCGUGACGGUGAACACAAUGUUCCCGUGGACACUAACUUAAUACAGCUAGAUACUGAUGAUAAUCAACUCCAGGAUCACGACGACGAUAUCAUAUUCGAGGACUUCGCCAGAUUAAGGCUAAAAGGUGGCGAGACCGAUGCAUGAGCGGUUUCGUAAUGGCAGGUACGGGCUAGCCUAACGUCUACCGUCAUAACUAUAAGUACUGAAGUACAUAUAACCUGCAAGUAGCAAGUUUUGAAAAAUUUAUCAUCCGUAUGUGUGUGUACCCCUAGUCAUUGGCUGUUACCAGCCCUAACCAAAAAAAAACUCUUUGUUGUAAUUGUUUCACGUAAAAAGUAAUGCUUGUGGUACCCGGUGUCUCAGAUUUAUUUCUUUAUUAAGGUGCAUUGAGUUGAAACAAGAGAGAAACCUAUUGUUCCCCUACAUGUUCACUGAUUCCAAUAAAACAUAAUUUUACCACUAACGUCAUGAGAGGUAUUAAUUGUUUUUUCAUGUUUAUCUAUAAGGAAUUACACUUUCUAAAACAACCUCUUAAAACUCUAAUAGGUGGAUUUAAAUACAAUUUGUAGAUUUAAGAUGGUGAUGUUUUUAUAGAUGAAAGUAAUAAGGCAAGUACAAAGAUAAAAUGUAAAAAGUUAUUUUUUGUCAUUGUGUACAGUAUGUUAAGGUACGAUCCGGGACACCCGGCCAAAAAGCAUGUUAUUGAAUGUUUAAGAUAAUGCUGUCAUAUAUAAAUGUAUUUUUCGGAUUUUAUUUUGUCCCAAGUAGCUCCUCAGUUGGUUCAUUGUAUGUUUGUAUUUUAUCUGAAAACAGCCCACUCCUUAUCGCGUGGUACCGAAGGCCUAACCAUCAUCAACUUAAUAAAAAAGGCACUUGACCAUUAAUAUUAAUGAAGUGAUUGUGUUUGGUUUUUGGCAUCGUUGUGCAUAACUUCUUGAAUUCAGAUAUUAAUUAGCGUUAUAAUGUGUUGCUUUUUUAUUGCUCAUUUUAAAUUUAGACCUAAGCAAAGCAUACAAUAUACCAUCUGAAUAUUUGUUAGAUAGAUUUACUUAAAAGUUACCCUACAAGAUUUAUAUAACAUAUAGUCGUUUUUCUAUUAUAGUUCUAUAUGAAGUCAAAGCACCCGCUUCAAUAUUUAAGAAAAAAAGACUGAAAAAGAGAUUGUACCAGGGUAAAGGAAGACGGAACAUAUUGACUUGUGUUCCUGACAAGAUGGUAUUUUAUACUAAGAGCAUUGUUUUACGUAGUAGAUCUAACUAACCUUACUUACGAAGAGUAAUUUUAUUUUGAAUUCAUAGUGGGUUAGAUUAGAAUAAUAUCCUUCCUGAUCGAACAAUUUUCUAAUGACAUCAACGAAUUUUUUCAUACAAGUACCUGGAGUAUGUAAAUAGCGAGACAAUUGAUCGGUAAAUCUAAAUAAUAAAUAAGUAUAUUUAUUACAGCUUCAAACGCUAGUUUUUAGUAGCUACAGAGCGCUUGCAGCAUUGUCUAUUGCUUUUUGCAAUUUACAAUGUUAAGAAUUUGAAGAAGAAACUCAUGUAUAUUUAAAGUACAAGAUGAAAAAUAUAGAAAUUUGGGGUAUUUUGAGAGUAAGUAUUUUUUCAAUCAUAAUAAAUAUAUUAUGCUUAUUUAAUCUUUUAAUUAUUUUUGUUCUUAACGUAUUAUAACAAUAUAUAUUGCAAUCACAUUUGUUAAAUUGUUGUUAAUGUUGUUUGAUUGUUGUAAAUAUUUAAAUAAAGAAAUUUGGACGAUAGCAGUUAGUUAAAACGAACUGCAGAAGUUAAUAAAACUGAAAUUAUAUGAUUACUGUUAGUAUAGUUGGUUUUACUAAAACAGCGGAAAGUUCGACUUUUUUUAUUUCUUACUUACAAAAUAUUUUCAGAAUCCUGCAUGACAUCUCUCAUACUGGUAACAUCUUAUAUAAAUAAUUACAUUAUCUGCGUUUAAUGGAAUAUGCUUGUAUAUUGGUUGAAUAUACUUUUUGGUAUACUUACUCUGGGUGAAGCUGGUGUACAAAAAUGUCUUACAUGUUUGAAGUUUAAAGAGCUAUUAUGUAAUGGUACGGGAGUGAGGUGAUGUGCAGGUCUUCAUAUAAAAAUAUUAAUGUGUUUUCGCAAUAUCAACAAGCAACUGUUUACUAUUUUUUUUAAUAUGUGUAUUUACAUAUAAUUUUGUAUUGGAUAAUUUUUUUUCUGGCGUAAAUUAAAAUAGUUUAUGAUUUUUUUAAUGUUCUGUUAAAGAAUACGUUAUUCUGGCUAUCAAAUCCAAAUAGUAUGAGAUAACAUUUUGAAUGUUAAAAAUCGAUUUGGGCGCUUGAUUACAGAUAUGAGUUUGAAUGGUUUUGCUGGUUAAGACUUGGGAUUUUUUUCCUAAAAAACUUGUUCCUUAAGCAAGUGCAUUUAUAUUUAUAAGUAGUUUUUGUUCUUUUAUACCAGUUUAAACCGUCCAGGAUAUUUUUGAAGAACAAUGCAUUAAUAAUUAUCGUGCUUUUUAUAUCAAUUUAUAUGAAGAUAUGUAUUUUUAAAAUGUUCUAAAUGGGUUAGAUGCAAUGGUUUUUUUUUUGGUUAUCUUUUUGAUUUACUCGUCAAAUAAUUAUCUUUGUGGUUGAGCAAAUACUUUGUGCAGCCUAUUUAUAAAUACGAAAUAAAAAGCACGCUAACAAUAUCUUACAAUGAAUUAGGCAAAAAUAUGUAAAUUAUAUUUCUAUUCUUCGUAUAUGGUUCUUAUGAAUUUGAAAACGGUGCUUUGAACUUUAAUCUAAAAUAUGAAGAAUAAGUAUCAUCUUUAGUUACUUCUGGCCAGAUAUUUUCUAACAUUGUAUUUUCAAGACUUUAUGACAUAAAUAGUUGACUGUAAGUUUUUAGAUAAAUCUUUUAUUUUAUGUAGUGCAACAAUAUAUGUUUAGAAUGAUGUCUGCUUAGGAUUUUUUGUCUGGUGUAGCCAAAUGCGCUUUUUUUUUAUUGGUUUUUGUUAUGAAGUCUUGACUCAAAUAAUGCUUUUGUGUGCGAGUUGAAAAAUGUUUGUACUGAAUUUUUUUACAAGUAUUUUUUAUUACUUUUUUAAAUGUUGCACUUUUAUACUCGGCAAAAAUUACUGUAACCAUAACUUUAUGAACUGUUUUUUAGAUUUUUAUUAGAUUUAUAUACGUGAGAGGUCAAGAUUGAUCGUAUUUUUGGGCUCUUGAGAACCUUAAGAACAGGGUGCAUUUAACAACAAUCGAGUUUUUAUAUUUACACGGGUUUUUUUUAACAACAUUAUAUUUCUGAAAGUAUAAGUUUUACUUAUUUUACUGCCAAUAGAUUGCUUUGUAGUAGUUAGAACAAAAUAUAGUUUUAUUGUAUAGCAUAAACUCUAAAGUUUCGUAAAUUAGGAGGGUCGCAGGUAGCCCAAACCGACAAACUAAUAGGUGUGAUGCAUUCACAAUAAAAACGCAUUUCUUGUAAAUUCAAAUUUGGUUUUUAUCUAACUUUUUAUCCUAUUGGGAGAAAAUGUUUAUCACCAGGCAAAGAUUACGCUUAUUAUAUUUUAAGUGUCGUUUUACAGGUCAACGCCCACGAUUCCGGGCUGUGAUGAAACCUGUAACCAUUUUUUUUGCACAGUAUCUGUACGACUUCGAGGCUUCAUUUUAACUAAUUCUUAUUAAAUAUAAUUUUGAUUGACAUGUUCAUAUCUAUUAUUAGUUUGUUAGAAACUUGGAGCCUACUUAGGUUUAACAAUAAAGGUUUUUAUAUAUUUCUUAUUUUAUAGCAAUGAUCGUAUGUUGUGGUCUAUGAUAUGAAGGCUAUUUUCUUUAAACAAAAAUUUGAAAACUUAAUGAGAAGUAUAUUGUUAGUUCAACAUAUCACACAUUAGAAUGAACAAAGGAAAAAAUUAGGAAUGAAAAUGGUCUACAUACUAAGUACUACCCAGUUUUUUGUAAUUUUUUAUUGUGAUAUUUAAAAAAAAAUUAUACACAAUUAAGUAAUUGAUAUUUUUAUAAUAAUUGUAAUAUUUUUUGGACCGAGUGCCUUUGUGAUAAAGUAUUUUCUUCAGAUCGUCUAUUCGUAACUGUAAUUUAAUAUAUUGUUUUAUCACAGUUAAGGUUUAAGGAAACUUUAUAAUUAAGCAAUUCAGCAAAACUUCUUUCAAUAAAAAAUGUCCAGGCUCUUCACUGUUACUUUGCCUCUUUUUACAUGUUAACUUUUGUUGAGAAAAGAAAAGCUGUAUAAUACAUGAAACCUAGUAUCUUCUGCGCUAUUAUUACUUUAAGCAAAUAUUUGGAAAUAUGUUCGACAUUAAUAUGUAUCCCUAUACCCUAAUUAUAUACCUACUAGUCUUAUACUUAUUGAUAAUUUAAGAAAAAUUCAUCACACUAUUGUCAAUUCGGAAGUCCAUUUUAUAAGUUUAGUCUUUCUUUUUAUAGAAAAUUAAUAGUAUACUGUUCUUAUAUUAUAUAGAAAUCUUAUUUAUUAUUUUUAAUAAUAAAAUGUGUAACUAUCCUGUA